AUGGGAGGAUAUUGUAAAAACUUCUACAUGAACAAGUUGGAUCACCUAGAGGUUCUUGUGGCAAAGAAAAUGAAAGUGGUGCAGGUUCUUGAACAAAAACGUGCAGAACUCAACAGACGCGUAAGGCUUCUUAGGGAGGAGAUUUCAAUUGUUCAGGAGCCAAGCUCAAAUGUUGGAGUAAUCGUAGAGAAGAUGGGUAAAAUGCAGGUUCUUGUCAAAACAAAUCCUGAUGGCAAGUAUUUAGUAAAAGUUGAGUCCUCAGUGAACUAUGACGAUCUUAAACCUGGAGUAAGGGUUGCACUAAGAAGUGACUCUUAUGAUGUACAUAGGAUCCUUCCGACAAAAGUUGAUCCUCUUGUAUCGCUUAUGAUGGUUGAAAAGGUUCCUGAUUCAACAUAUCAGAUGAUCGGUGGGCUUGAUGAGCAGAUCAAGGAGAUUCGUGAAGUGAUUGAGCUUCCUAUAAAACAUCCUGAGCUUUUUGAAAAUCUUGGAAUCGCACAGCCAAAGGGAGUAUUGCUUUAUGGACCGCCUGGGACAGGAAAGACACUGCUUGCAAGGGCAGUAGCACAUCAUACACAGUGCAAAUUCAUAAGGGUAUCUGGCUCAGAGCUGGUUCAGAAGUAUAUUGGGGAAGGGUCAAGACUUGUAAGAGAACUUUUUGUCAUGGCCAGGGAGCAUGCGCCAUCGAUUAUUUUUAUGGAUGAAAUAGAUUCGAUUGGAUGCGCAAGGAUGGACGGAAAGGCAAGUGGAGAUAGCGAAGUACAAAGAACAAUGCUUGAACUGCUUAAUCAGCUCGAUGGGUUUGAAUCGCACAAGAACAUCAAGGUCAUAAUGGCAACGAAUAGGAUUGAUAUUCUUGACCCAGCACUGUUGAGAACAGGGAGGAUUGAUAGGAAGAUCGAAUUUCCACAGCCCAAAGAGUCUGCAAGAAUUGAAAUACUGAAGAUCCAUUCAAGAAAAAUGAACCUUACCAAGGGAAUCAAUCUCGAGUCCAUAGCAAGCAAGAUGGCCGGAACGUCAGGAGCAGAAGUUAAAGCAGUUUGUACUGAAGCAGGGAUGUAUGCAUUGAGGGAAAGAAGGGUUCAUGUAACACAAGAAGACUUUGAGAUGGCGGUCCAUAAGGUUUUGAAAAAGGCUGGAGAUGCAAACUCUGAUCUGAGGAAGCUGUUGAAAUAA